GCGUAAGUGUUUUUGGAGUCUCAACCUUGUGAAAAAGAUGACACCAUAUGAAUAUGCGCGGAGCAAAAGAAUUGAAGUUAUUAAUGAAAAGAUUCACGCUCUCAAUCUGCCAAUUCUCGCCCAAUCCCUUGUCAAAUCGUCUUCUGCCACUAAAAAACCUUCAUCGGGUCGUUCAAGGUUUGUACAACCUGGAGCUCUUAAGGUAGCAAACAAGAAGCGCCUUCGUUCGCAUGACUUACCACAAGCCCCUCCACCACCCACACAUGUGACACCACCACCUGCACCAGUCCAAGAGACAUAUCCACUAACUAGCAAGGUGACAACACUGCCGGAAAUAGUCGAGGUGACUGAACUGCCAUCUUCCCAGGCCACAUCACAUAAUCAUUCUAUUCCAUUCCCUGAUUCUGAAGAUGACGUGUUAGAUGAUGCGCCGAAUAUUACUCAAAAAAAGAAAUCUAAAUAUUGGGAUUUAGAAGUUAUAAAUGGGGUGGGUCAUGUUUCAAACAUGCGUUUAGUGGUGUAUGAUGUGUUGCUUGAAUCUCCUAAUGGAACAAGGAUAAUAACAAGAUGGAAUGGCCGUCAACCAGUGGGAGAAGCAGCUGGUUUUUUAGCGAGUUUUUUGGGUACCCUUGCUAGAAUGUAUAGAGAUUUUCCAAUAAUGUUUGAAAGUUGGGACAAAAUUCCAGAGAAAACAAAAACUAAAGUUUAUGAUGAAAAAAUAAAGACAAAAUUUGUUGUUGAUGAUGGAGACAACAAAAGCUAUAUUUUGACAAGUAUUGGAAGGAAAUGGAAGGAUGAAAGAUGUCGGUUGUUCAAGGAACAUUAUAAAUGGGAUCUCCCAUUAGAAGUGAAUCUUGCGAAUUAUCCACGUCAUAUUGGCCCAACCGAUUGGGCUCUUUUUGUAGCAUAUAGGCGGAAGCCGGACACGCAAAAGAAGGCACAAAAAAAUGUAGCAAAUAGGAAAAAACUAACGACCCCUCAUACACUAGGAAAAAAGUCUCUUGCGAGGAAGAAAGAUGAGUUGGUAUGA